AUGCCUCCAAAACGCCGCGCCUACGAGGCCAUUGACCUCACCGGGGACGACGAUACGCCCGCCUAUUCCUCGUCGCAAUACCCGUCAUCAUCGCAAGGAUAUGCGCAUUCUCACGUUGCCUCUUCGAGCCCGCACCGCGCACCCAAACAAGCUCGUACAUCAUACAGCCAAGCGCACCGCACUACAUCCGGCUCGUCGCAAGCGGACGCCAUCUCAAUCGAUGAAGACGAGGAAGAUGACGCCUCUCAGGAAGUCCCGGAUGCCACGCAAGCAUACAAUCAGCAACAGUACGACUACAUACUAUAUGGAGUAAUGCACGAGAAGAUCGUGGGUGUGCGGUACUACAACGGAUAUGCAACGACCGGCGAGAUGGUGGUUCUAAGGCGAGAGCCCCGAAACGAGUAUGACAGCAACGCGAUUAAAGUAACCAACGUACAAGGUCAACAAAUUGGACACCUUCCACGAGGGGUCGCAGCCAAAUUGGCCAAAUACAUGGACGAACGCAGCCUGCUUAUUGAGGCGCAACUUACAGGGGAGAAGGGCUAUUACGACUGCCCUGUUCAGCUCAAGUUGUACGGAACCAACGAUCCAGCCGUGCAGCAAGAUCUUAUGGCACGAAUGCGAAGCGACAGAAUCCCUAUUGGGCAUGUUUCAGAUCGACGUCGUAAGGAGGCUGCGGCUGCGAAGGAACGCGAGCGAAUAGCUAAGCAAGCCGCCAAACAAGCCAAAAAGAAAGGCGCUGCCGUCGUAGAUGUUGCUGGCAACAUGGCUGAAUAUGCUGCUGGUUCGUCGCAGGGUCCUGGCCUCAUGCCGGGGCCUAGCAUGGAGGAUAUUCUCGGUGGGAGCAUACGCUUCAACCCUAGGAAUGUCGAAGAGAUGGUUGAGGAGUAUGGUAUCAAGGAAGAAGACCUCGAAAAAAUGCCACAAGCACCCCAACCCGAUGCGCUUCUCACUGAGCUGCAUCCCUUCCAGUUGCAAGGUCUGCAAUGGAUGCUUGACAAAGAAAGCCCCAAGCUUCCAGCCCCAGGCACGAAAGACGUAGUCCAGCUUUGGCGAAGACAUACUCACAUACCGGGUGCCUUUACAAAUGUAGCAACGAGCUUCUCGAUCAAGGAUCCGGUAUUAGCUUCCGGGGGUAUACUGGCCGAUGACAUGGGCUUAGGCAAGACUAUUCAAACGAUCUCCCUCAUUAUGGCAGACCGUGCUCUUCAUCUUCGUGCAAAGGAUUCCUCCAGCGCCACGCUAAUCCUUGCCCCUGUGUCCGUGAUGAGUAACUGGAGCACUCAAAUGAAGAAGCAUGUCAAACCGGAACAUGCUCUUCGUGUCAUGUUUUGGCACGGUCAGAGGAAAGAGCCCAUCACGCCCAAAUCGAUCGGGAACUAUGAUGUCGUGAUCAGCACCUACGAGUCUGUUUCUUCCGAUUGGUACUCACAAACAAAGCCCACUCUUCCACGAAAAUCCGGACCCUUCUCUAUCAAAUGGCGUCGAAUCAUUUUGGAUGAGGGCCAUGGCAUAAGAAACCCGAAAGCCAGGAAGACUAUCGCCAUUACAAACCUGAUGGCGCAGUCCCGGUGGACACUUACCGGUACACCAAUCAUCAACAACCUCAAGGAUCUCUACAGCCAAGUCCGUUUUCUGCGUCUUUCGGGUGGCCUUGACUCUUUCGAAAUCUUCCACAGUGUCAUCAUGCGUCCAGUCAUGCAAGGCGACGUCGAAGGCCACAAGUUGCUCCAGCAGCUGAUGUCAGGCAUCUGUUUGCGUCGCAAGAAGGAGAUGUCAUUCAUAGAUCUACGGCUACCUGAGCUCUCCGAGUACGUACAUAAGAUCAAGCUGCAUCCACAUGAACAGGAAAAGUACGACGCCUUGGAGGCUCAGGCUAAAGGUACGCUGGACGUUUACAAGCACAACAUCGGGAAAAAGAAUGCUGGAGAUACUUACCGUCAUCUCCUUGAGGUGCUGCUCCGAAUGCGACAAGUCUGCAACCACUGGCAACUUGUGGGUGAAGAGCGUCUCGACUCCAUCAUGAAGCAACUCGAAGCAGAAGGCGUGGUCGAUCUGACUGAAGAAAACAAGGCCGCACUUCAGAAGAUGCUUCAACUCUCUAUCGAAUCACAGGAAGACUGCCCCAUUUGCUUGGAUAUUUACAAAGAGCCCGUCAUAACCAAAUGCGCCCACAUCUUCUGUACGCUCUGUCUAGAACGCGUCAUCGAAACCCAACACAAGUGCCCCAUGUGCCGUGCCGAGCUGGAGUCCCUCGCAACUACAACUGUCAAACCUGCCAAGGAAAUAUCAGCCGCUGCCCCGGCGCCCUUGACACAAGACCAGAUCGCAGACAAGGCAUCUUUGGAGAAGAACACAAGCACGAAGGUCGAGGCCCUCCUAGACAUACUCAGAGCAUCCGCCAGCGACCCCACAAACAAGACAAUCAUCUUCAGCCAAUGGACUUCUUUCCUCGAUAUCCUAGAACCGCACCUCACCCUCUACGGUCUAAAGUACGUCCGUAUAGACGGUUCCAUGUCCGCAACACAACGCGACGUCGCUCUCGAAGCCCUAGACUCUGAUCCGGCCACAACCAUCAUGCUCGCCUCGCUCGCCGUAUGUAGUGUUGGUCUCAACCUCGUUGCCGCAAAUCAAGUCAUCAUGGCGGACUCUUGGUGGGCGCCUGCCAUCGAAGAUCAAGCUGUAGAUCGUGUGCAUCGGUUGGGUCAGAAGCGCGAGACCAAGGUCUUCCGACUAGUGGUUGAGGGAAGUGUAGAGGAGCGUGUGUUGGGCAUCCAAGAGGAGAAGAGAAAGCUGAUGGGUUUAGCGUUUGCGGAGAAGGAGGGUGGGAAGCAGAGGAAAAAGAGAGCUGGGGCUGGACUGGGUGAUCUUCAAAGGCUGCUGGGGACGCAACAACCUGCUACUCAGAUGCAGACGCAGACACAGGCUUCUUAG